AUGGGUGAUCAAGAACCAUCGACUUUGAGUCAGAAGUUUGAUGACAUUGAGAUGUUGGAAAUUCCAGAUGACUCAGCAUCUUCAGAAACAGAAUCGUUCAGCGAUAGUUCCGCAUCAGAACCAUUGAAAGAUAAACCUUCAAAACAAGACUAUAUAAGAUUGCAAGAUUGGUUAAAGUCAGAUGAUGUUAUUGAGUUUCAAUUUGAUUCAGGACAAUAUAAGGACAGUUUGACCCAAAAUGAUGUUUCAAAGUCGUAUACUAAAUAUAUAAACUCAUUGUUCAAAAUAAUUGAAGGAUUUACAAAUGAUGAUAUUACCCGAAUUGAUUUAGAAGAUGACGAGGAUCCUAUUGGAUUGAUUAGCACUUCUGCAAAAUUUGGAAAUAGUGCCAGGAAAGCGCAAAGAAUGCAUAAAAUCGAUGAAGCAUUUACUAAAAUUGUUGAAAACUUAACUCAAUACAUACACGAUAUAGAAAGCAUUGGCGUUGAUGACGAGACAACAGAACAAUUUUAUUAUUUAUUGAGUAUACUAGACUGUCUUCAUGCUAAUUACUUUUGUUCUGAUACUAGAAUGAAGCCAGAAUCGAUAGCUAAGUGGAUUAAUAGAUUUGAUUAUAAACCUGAUAAAGAAUUGGUGGAGUCUGUUAUGGUAAACUCCCCUAAGCCUUAUACUCAUCCCCAAUUUUGGAAUACUUACUUAUCGCAACUAAUCACUAGAGGUCUACUCACUCAAGCAAUUGCUGCAAUAGAGAAAUCACAAUAUGAAGAGUUAGAGGAAAAUGCUCCAGAGUUGUUCUCAGUUAUACAAGACUUCUCAAUGUUAUUAAAAAACUAUACUAGUAUGUCCAUGAAACAUCAAUUUCAUGAGUGGAAACUAUCCUGUUGUGAGUUUAGAGAUUUGUUUCUGAAAUUUAAAGCCAACAUAACUGACUCAAAAGAUUUAAUCAUCCUUAAUCAAAUUUAUGAUUUAUUAUGCAUACUUACUGGCUUACCUAAAACAAUUGCUAUACAUUGCGAUAAAUGGUAUGAAAUAUAUACGGCAUUGUCUUUAUAUCAAGUUAGAGAUGAUGAUAAAUUAUUUAAAGAUUACUUUAAUGUUGCAAUUAGUGAGAAGCCUCCUGCUUUGAUUGAAGAUAGUGAUGUUUUAAGUAUAAUAAGUGAGCAAUGCUUUGUUAAUAUUUUAGAAGAAAAAUUCUUAAAAAUGUUGGUAUCUGUUGACACAAUCGACUCCGCUACUGCUGCAUAUGUUGCAAGAUUGCUUGAGCUUAAAGGAUUAUUGAACAAUUAUUAUUCCGCCAUAAACUCUAAGGAUUUACAAGAAUUAAUUAACAGGAAAACUAUUUCAGAAUACUUAUUGACUACACAUGCAUACCAAUGCUUAAACUCACAUUAUUUAGUACCCGUUGGGAUUGGGUUGCUAUCUAAUAACGAUAUUUCUAGUUCCUCACAAUCAUCCGUCAACAAUCGUAAUACAAUAUCAGAGUUCUUACCGCAUUAUGAAUGCAAAACUAAUGAUGACUUAGAAUGGACUUUGACAAUAUGUGCCAAAUUGAACUUAAUUCACACUGCUCGAAAGUUGUACCAGGUUUACGGAAACAAAUCAUUGAAGGAUGGCUAUCUUUAUGAGUCUCUAAAUAUGUUUGUUAAUUGCUAUGAUCCAGAUUCGAUGACUAAUGAGUCAAAUGAGGGUAUGAAGCAAGUUCAUCAUAUUAUCUGGGAUAUCGUCUUUCAAGAUAGUUUGGUGAAUAAUAGACCGAUUAAGGAUGAGUUAAUAAAUAAUAUUAUAUGUCAUAAAGUUGAUACUGGCUUUGAAAUACAUCCUGUCAUAAGGCAAUGUCUUUCACCAUACGCUGUUUUAGUGGAAUUUUUCAAAUCGUUGGAGCAAUCACGCAGUACCACUGCUAUGGAUAAUUUAUCCAAAUUAGUGCAUUUAAUAAGAUUUAAUCACUUACCUAAAAAAUUUUACCCACUAUUAUUAUGUCAGAUUAUCCCUUUCUUAAUCGACUCGGGUAUGAAGUUCCAAUUGCCGGACUUAAUUGUAAUCAUUGAAUUGAUUGAUACAUUUGAAUUUCAAGCUAAUGAUGAUGAAUACACAGAGGGCGAAAGCUUAUAUAAAUAUUCGAUCAGCAAUAUCGAAAAUACAACCGAGAGCUACGACUGGAGAAAUAUCUUGCAAAAAAGUGGCAAUACCUUGCCCAAAGAUCUCAAGUCUUUAAUAAAACUAUUAAGAAACGAAGUGGUUGCUAAAAUUGGUAAGGUAUACGUAGACCACAUGUAA